AAAUUGUUAUUCUUAAUACGAAUAACUUCGAAUGUCAACGUUAUUCGCGCCAAUUAUCACACUGAUUAGAUUAUUGUGAUUUGUUUUAAAGUGUUAUGUGUAGUGAUAUGGUUUUCUAAUCGAUAUUAAAUAGAGGUCGUAGCGUGCAGUGGAUUAUCUUCCCGCCAAAUAAGUGUUUUUUUAUGGCUUCGGCUGCUAUAACAAUUUGCAAUUGAAUGUGAAUGUUUCGAUCAGUUUAAUUUUUAAUAAAUUAAUAAUAACAAAAUAAGAAGUAGUGAGUCAAUUAAUAUAUAAAUAAGUGGUUUAUUGUCCUAAAAUAAUUUCGUGUGUUUUAGCGUAGUGGCUGUAUAGAUUACCUUUGCCUUUCUAGCGAUUUAAAAAGUAACGGAGACCGGUGAAGUAAAAUAAGUGAAGUGACUUACAGUGUAAUGUUGAGUGUAUAAUGUGUUCAGAAUAUGGAUGAAAAAUACGUUCAUAAGACCUGCGUGAGGGUAAACUCCGCAGACGACGAGUCGAGGGAUGAGGUGGACCAUUUACCAAAGAAGAAUCCAUUUAUAAGGGGCUCUGACCCCAGGGUAGCGACAUGCCGAGGAAGGCUGCAGACCCGACGAUGUCAACUCAACCAGGAAAUCAACAAGGAGUUGAGACUUCGAGCUGGCGCCGAGAACUUGUUCAAGGCUACGACGAACCGAAAGCUCCGGGAGACGGUCGCUCUAGAGCUCAGCUUCGUCAACUCGAACCUGCAACUUCUCAAGGAGCAGCUAGCUGAAUUAAACUCCUCAGUGGAACUCUACCAGAACGACAGCAAAGAAUGCGUCAUGCCAAUGAUACCACUUGGCUUGAAGGAAACCAAAGAGAUCGACUUCAGAGAGCCUUUCAAAGACUUCAUCCUGGAGCACUACAGCGAGAAUGCAGCCACUUAUGAGGACCCCAUCUCUGAUUUUAUGGAUAUGAGACAGGCGAUGCGAACUCCAGUGCGGUCGACGGCGGGCGUGGCUCUUCUGUUCAAAUACUACAACCAGCUGUACUACAUAGAGAGACGGUUCUUCCCGCCGGACCGCUCGCUAGGAGUCUACUUUGAGUGGUUCGACUCCUUGACCGGGGUUCCUUCAUGUCAGAGAACUGUGGCGUUUGAGAAGGCGUGCGUGCUGUUCAACAUAGCCGGGAUAUACACACAGAUCGGUGCCAGACAGGAGCGCAAGACGUGCGCAGGUCUAGAUGGAGCCGUGGACGCAUUGCUCCGCGCGGCCGGCACCCUCCGCUACAUCCACGAGAACUUCACCAACGCGCCCUCCGUCGACCUGGCUGCAGACACGCUGCUAGUUCUUGGCGCGCUCAUGACCUCGCAGGCUCGCGAGUGUCUAUUCGAGAAGUUACAAUUACAAGCGAGAGAGGCUUGCAGCGGUCGAGACAGAGAGCUCAGGGACGAUCUAGAUAUGUGCUUGGACCUGGCGCAGGAAAGUGCUCAGCUGGCCCAUACGUAUCAGCAGUUGUACGACAAGAUGCAAACAGAAGGUGUAUUCAACUACGUGCCAUAUUCGUGGGUGUCGCUGGUGCAUGUGAAGACAGAGUUCUACAAGGCAUUAGCACACCAGUACUGCGCCACUGGGCUCCUGCACGCGACUGUACCUCAGCACGCGCGCGAUCGUCUCUCUGCCUUGUAUUCAAAUGACCGCGACUGUACACUAAAUGGUGUAUCACCUACGUCGAAGUACGAGGAGGAGUUUGACCACCUGGCUCUGGGCAGGGCUCACCUUCUCGAGUCACUGGCGCUGUACGAAGAGGCGCUCAGGUUACAGAGAAUGUGCCGUGAACUUCGCGGUAAGGAAGCGCUGUCCCGGGUAGUGACGUCACAGCGCGAGCGAGCGUCACGAGAGCGAACGAGCUUGCGCGACGAGCCCGAGUUCGCCGAGCUGCUUGACGCGCCCGCAAUACUGCCUUCAUCAAAGUUCCAACUGGCACUGACUCCACCAGACUUCGCCCAACACAGAGUUGAGGACCUUUUCAAGUCCCUCGGACCAAUCGCGAUUUUUUCUGCCAAGCGGCACUGGAGUGCACCUAGGCUCGUACAGCUUCAGAAGCAGACUGAAUUUCGAAGAGAAUCCAAGCGAAGCGAGAAGCGAGACCGCUCAGAAGACAACAGCACCUAUUACAACCAGACCCGCGAUGAUAAGUAUAUCGAUCGAGUGACGAAACAAAAUGGCGUCUAUAUCAGCAGUUUUGACUUGGAUUACCAUCCCAAACUGCUGGAGGAUAAGUUGGCGAAUAGCGCGCGUAGGCAAAGGAGGAGGGAGUUACGGCGCGUGGCCAGCGAAGCGACCGUGGGGGGCGACGGUUUCGGGUUCUCCGUAAGGGGGGAUGCGCCCGUUAUGGUGGCGGGGAUCGAACCCAACUCACUCGCUGAUAUCGGCGGAAUGCGCGAGGGCGACUUUAUCAUCUCCAUAAACGACGUGGACGUCAAGUGGAGCUCGCACGAGGAGGUGGUGCAGUUGAUCCAGGGUGCCGGAGACUCUCUAACCCUGCGCCUGGCAACCCCAAUGGACAAGAGCUCCACAAAGUCCACUCCGCUGGCAUCUCGCGAGUCCAACUCGACGGCGGGUUCCAUGUCCGCGGCGUCAAGUUCUUCUAGUGAGCGUUCCCCGCGGCGUGCACCUUCAUGGAACCCCUUCCGACGCUCCCGCCGGGAACCGAACCCCCAUGACAUGCUGGUCUACAGGUAGCCCGACCGUCCAACAUACACCACGCUCCGCGAUCUAUCUGCCAACUGUCACGGUCUAACGCCAUCCGUCCACAGCCGAAACAUGUCAAAUUGAAGCGAGUCGAAUCGAUUUUAAUCCUUGCAUCUUAACCGAAUCGAUACAAAACGUUCAUUCACAGUAACUCUAAGUCGAAGUUGAUCGCUAUUGCGUAUUGGUCAGCUUCGACGACGAAAUGGUUUCAUUCUAAACAGUAUUAGUCGGAGCGCAUCUAUAAUGAUUAAGAUUCGUCGAGCCGAAUUGAAGGAACGCAUCGACGAAGAAAUUGGCCUGUCGAGCGAUGCUCGGUGAUAUGACUCACCCCUAAUAAUAGUACAAGAUCCAACCACUCGAUUCUGUAGGUUCGUGUUUUUUUGAUAAAACUAAUUUUAAACAAACGUUUAGGGAGUAUGCAAUGUAUUAGCGAUCAGUUGCCUAUAGAAAAUUGACUGCAAGAACCUGUAAUUUAUUUAAGUACAAUUAGUUUUCUGAUUUAAAUAAUAUAAAUCCACUAUAUGUUUUUUUUUAAAUAAAUUACACGUCAUUUUAAAGGAAAUUAUGUCAAGAAUUGAAAACGUUCAUUUAAAAUUAGUUUCUUUAAUAAAAACACGUACUAAUACGUAAUACUAUUCCUGUUUGCGAGUUAUUGCGAUCGAUUCGAUUCGAUUCGACUGAACUCAGCGAGCUCAGUCAACGCAAGGCUUAAACAAAAUACUUUUCAGAGAGAUCGCGCUGACAAAUAGUGUCAAAUUACGUGCCUGAUUGAAAUGAUGGAAACGUGAUAUUUUAAAAAAAUUUCAGUCACUUGUUUUAAUUAAGGUGACAUUAUUAUGUUUUCCGAAACACGAAAAAUGUGUAAAGAUUUUCUAUCAUUCUCUUAUCUAAUAUUUGACCUGUGAUACUUUCAAAAUUGUACGAAAAGUGAUUGUCUUAUUCUUAUAAACUGUAAAAAAAUCACUGAUUUAUUAAAAUCAGUUUGCUUAUUCAAUUAUGUACUUAAUUAAAUAAUUAUUUUAUAGUCUUCAUAUUAACUACUACUUUAACCGCAAUGUAGAAUCCAAUCCAAAGUUUUUUCUUUAUAGUUGCGUCUAUACAGUUUUCUACAUAAUGUUUGAUAUUUCGAAUGUGUUGAGUAAAAUAUUAAGCGCCUUACACAACGUGGGUUUUAGUUGCGACUUCUUUGAAGUGUUCGUUUAGUUCUUGCGAGAACUUCGAAAACGUCUGAUUGUCAGAUAAGAAUUUGUGUCAAAGUCUUUGAUGUAGAUACAAUGACCUCCUAUAGAACAUUUAAAACUGUAUAAUAAAUAAACUCCAUUCGUUAAAAAGCCGAAACUAGAACCCAUAUGUAUCAAUAUCAAUCAUCGACCCAACUGUCCAAAACUUGUAAAAAUUACUUAUUUUAUUAUGUACUUACCUAAGUCUGUUAAAUAUACUAUAUUAAGAUUAUAACUAUGGGUAUUCUAUUCCAAAGUUUAUGUUAUUCUGAAAUUUAAUAUAUUAAAUAUAAUUUUAACUAACCUAUAAAAUAGUUAUCAAACAAUUUUAUGUGAUGUGCCUUUUAUAUUUUUCUUUAUCAUCAUACUGCUUAUUAAGCUUUGCAAUUUCCAAAACAAAUUAUCGUAAACUUUAUUAAAGAAUCAACUUGCAGUGUUUCUCUUUCUACAUGAUUUUCUGCAACGAUAUUAUACUUCAUUUAUGGUCCCUUAAAGAUUAAUAAACCUAUUUAAAAUCCACUGACCUUUAUAAAUACCACUGGACAGGCUGUUCCAUAUGUUUGAUAGCAAAUUUUUUGUGCCUAUUUGAAACGCCACUCGCGAGCGUCCAGAGUACUAAUUUUGACGUAUAAAACAAAUGGCUGCGAAGAAACGUACAAAACUCUGAAGUAUUUUUGCAUUUUGAAUUAAUUACGUUCGUUUUCCUUGUUGUUUAUGGUCCAAGAAUCAACGUUAUAAAGUACACAAUUUUUUUUGUAUAUAGUUUCCCACCAUCCAUCGAUUUUGCCGACGUUGUCAUCACUAGUUUUAGUACCGCAGACUCUCGCUACGUGGCCAACAGAGCCAAAAUGGCGAAUAUCAAACUGAUACAAAAGCACUUAAACAGCGGCCAAUCCAGUGGUAUAUAGUAGAGGUCAGUGUUGAAAUCUGAAUAAACUGUCACAUCUUUUUUCAUUUAAGAAGUGCGCAGUUGACGAGACAUUUAUGACAAAUCUUCAUUACAGAGUAUAAAUAUAAGGAAACCAAAUAACCACCAUACACUAUAAGUUAUAGACCUCGCUAUAGAUUUCGAACAGUUAAUUAAAGUUGCCACACACAGAAUAUUCACGGAUUGCGCUUGCGUAGUUAAAUGUGGCGCAGUUUUUACGAAAUACAGCGUAAUUUUUGUUUUAACUUAAUCAUCUAACAAGUAAACAUUAAGCAAUGUUCUAUCUUAUCUAGUAAAAAAUAUAAACAGAUAAAAAUAUUUACUGGGCUCAUUAAUAAUUAUAAAAGAUACAUAGCUUCUUUAUGUAAUAAAAAACUAUAGGCAUGAUGUAUAUCAGCUUUGGUGUAAGUACUUAUAACCAAAUCUUUUAAGUUUUAUUGAGUUAUUUCUGCCAAUAUUUGUCUUUAAACAAUUCGACACGUGUUUCGCCUUGACUUGCCAAACUCUGGUACGAGACUGGUCUUUUUUGCAGUCUCGUGCCAAAGUUUGGCGAGUCAACAUGUCCUGAGAAUGCCUCGUGUAGAGGCGAAACACGUGUCGAAUUGUUUAAAGACAAAUAAAUAUUGGCGGAAUUAACACUUAAGAAAACUUAAAACAAUUGGAUAAUUAUGGAUUUCCUCAAAUUAACGCCUACUUCAAUAAUUUUUUUAAGUGCUUUUAAGCAAGUCAGGGACCGUUUCACUGUGGUGUACGUAAGCUACCAAUGUAGUCACCAGAGUCAUGACGCGUCUGAGCUGGUUGCGCCACCAAACGGACACCAGAUGAGUAACUUUCUAUAGAGCUAUAUACAUUUUGUUGGUGACUGUUUGCGCUACCAUGGUGUCCCAGUGAAAUACAGCCCUUAAUGUGAUAGCUUCAGUAAACUAACGUUGAGAUUUCUGUUGCUCAAGAUCUGUUUUGGGGUCUAUAACUUGACAUUAUUUGAGACGAUCUUCCCUUCCUAGACAAUACAGCUAGCAAAAAUAAAAUACGAAGGUGCGUCUCCAAAUCAUCAUUCAUCAACUUUCACUGUAUUUAGAAAUUCAUUUGGAAAACAAUAUCAAACAUUGUAAUAUCAUUCGCUUUAGUUGUUUUUCAUUUCCUUAUUAUUUAAAUUUUAUUAUUUUUCUCUUCUUUACUGCCUUUCUAAAACCAUGGUUUCUGGGUUUAAUAACAAAAUAAAAAUACUAUGUAAUAAUUAAAUCCUUAAAAUCGUAACCUAACGUUGAUAUAAUAUAACAUAUUGUAUACUAAACCCUAUUUCAUUAAUUUUACGGAUAAGUUUUGGUUGCGAUCGAAUUUAAAAGUUUAUGUCAAACGUUGAUCGCACCCAAAAAUGUAAUCAAAAUGUACCUACCUACCUAUAUGAUUGUAAAUUUAUUGAGAGAUGUAUAAAUUGUUGUCAAAUUGUAUAAUUGAUAGUUUUAUUAAAAAAUUUAUUCAA